UUUUAAAGUCAUACAGAGAAAAGAGUCAUUUUUAUAAAAAAAAUAGAUUUGAUUUUCUUUAUCUCUCUCUCUUUAUUUCUUUCGUCUCUCUUUUAUUUCCAAAAAAACCACAAUAUAUUAUAGAUGGAGUCGUUAAUUAAACAUUCCCGAGAAGACGGUUUACUAGAGCCAAAUAAUAUGGAUAAUGGCUCUACUAGUAAACUGCACCAUAGAAGACAGGCCUCUCGUGGACUAGAGAUCAAUACAGACUUAUCAAAAACCAACGCUUUCUUUAAUACCAGCAAUAUCCCCACACCGCGACCACCUCCAUCGAUCACUCGAAAAAUAUCAAUCAAGCAAAAUAAUACGCAUACCCCUAUUGUCGACUAUGAGGAAACAGCAACACCAAACCAUCAUGAGAGUUACGCUAAUCGUCUUCGAAACCUCGUGGCUGCUACACGUCAAGCCUCUGUAGCACCAGCACCAGCACCUAUACCCCAGUACUUGUCCAUGAAAAAACCAGAAACUGAAGAACCAUCGCCUACGAUAACCAGUUUCUCCGAAGACGAAAUUAUGGCCCUUCCAACACCACGACCGAGUAACUCGGGAGAGAUAAAAAAGAAACUUCCUCUCGCAAAGAAACCAGAAGAACUACCUGUGAUUAUGUCCUGUCUCAGUCCCUCUAUUUCAAAUGAAACACCCAGUCUCUCGGAUGAACCGAUGCUUGGGGAUUAUGUUGAGCCUAUCAAAAGAGAGCAACAAUACAAAUACAGCACUAAAAUAAGUCAUGUGAUGGACGAGGAGAUUAUUGGAAAACAGAUUGGCUCCUUUAGGAUAAGUAAACUAUUGGGGGUUGGAGCAUUUUCAAAAGUCUAUGUUGGGCAUCAUCAAGAAAAGGAUCAAUUUUAUGCAGUAAAGACAAUACAGAAAGGCAAAGUAUUGAACGACCCAAGAGUUAGAUCAAGUAUAGAAAGAGAGAUUGGCAUAUUAAAGUAUAUCAAUCAUCCCAAUAUUGUUCAUCUAGAAGCCACAAUGGAAACAGAGCAUAUCAUGUGUAUUGUCCUAGAAUAUGUGGAAGGAGGAGAACUCUUUGAUUUCGUUCAAAAGAUGCAUUAUCAAUCACGUCUGAGUCAGCAAAAGGUCAAUGAGUCGACGAUCAAGCAUCUGUUUUUACAAUUGGUCAAGGCAGUCAAGUGGCUACAUGAGCAUCACAUUGUUCAUCGAGACCUGAAGCUUGAGAACAUUUUAAUUCACAGAGAACAGGAUGAUCAAAUCAUUCUGAAAAUAACAGAUUUUGGUCUCGCUCGAGUGGUUGAUCCUGAAUCACCUUUAUUGACAACUCGUUGUGGAAGUGAAGAGUAUGCUGCUCCAGAGAUUGUACAAAGCAAAGGAUACGAUGGACGAAAAACGGAUGUGUGGGCAUUGGGUAUUAUCCUCUACGCUCUCUUGGUUGGCUAUUUACCUUUCCGCUAUGAUCCUGGUAAACAGGAGCGCGUGUCUCAACUGUUCUACCGUAUCGUCAAAGCAGAGGUCAAGUGGCCUACGGAUGAACUCUCUGAGAUAAGUCAGGAAGCAAAAUAUGUCGUAUCAAAAAUACUAGAACGAGAUCCAGACAAGCGAAUCCAUAUCAAUGAUAUUGAACAUUUACCUUGGUUUAACCUUUAACUUCAUAAAUAUAUAAUAUACCAUUUCAUUCAUCAAAACAGUCUUAUCUUUUCAUACUGAGGAAUCUAUCAUCGUCCAUUUAAGCGGUCCGAUAAGCAUAUACAGAGACUAAUAUUUCAGAAAUGUUGAUUGACACUAUCAAAAUAAACUCUAUACUAUAAACUGUAGCUGCAUUAAAAAAGCUGUUUGGGUAUGAUUGAAUAUGGAAGUUUUGCAUGAAGGAAAUAACGUCAUUUUUGUUACACUAAACAAGCUUAAAUAGAGAGAGAAAAAAAAAAAAGAAA